GGAAAAAUCCCUGACACUCCCAGCAAUUAGAUCAGAACACAGCCCGACCACUUCCUGACGCAGGGAGCAAUUUUGCAGAGGAGGUGUUUCGGUAUUAAUGAAAGAACAUGAAGUCCUCUUGGUUAUUUAUAAUAUACGUGCUAUGGCUGAAUGGUCAUCAGUGUGCACCAACAAGGCAGGAAGAAAUGAAUCUCCAGGAAAACCUGAAAGUAUUAUCUGAUGUUGGAGAGAAGUAUGUAGAUGAAGAAGUAAAGAAAGCUUUGAUUGGUAUUAAGCAGAUGAAAAUUAUGAUGGAAAGAAAUGAAGAUAAGCACAUAAAUCUGAUGAAAACCUUGAAGAAGAGCAGUGAAGAAAAACAGCAAGCCUUGCAACUUAUGGAUGAAGUAAAAGCAAGACUAGAAGAAGAAGAAAGACAAUGUCACAUAUCCUUGAAAAAUUUAUGGGAUGAAUGUGAAUCUUGUUUAGAAAGUACCUGCAUGAGAUAUUAUACAACUUGCAAACACGGGUUUUCAACAUUUAGAAGAAAGGUUGAAGAUUUUUUGAGGAAAAUACCUCCGCUCAUUUUUACUUUUCAUGAGGAUCAAGAAAAAGACAUCCAAUUUAAUGAAAAGCCUGAGAAAGAGGAUACCCAGCUAGAAAAAAUGGAAGAUUUAUUUAGACAAUUAUUAUCAGAUAUGGGCUCAGUAUUUAACAGAAGUAUCAUAUUUUUCAAGCAGAUGCAAAGAGAAUUUGACCAGUCUUUUCAAAUGUAUUUCAUGUCUGAUCUGGACUUGAAUGAGUCCCCCAGCAUGACAGCUUUACCUGAGGACAUCACCAGAAAUAAUGGCUCACAGAAAGGCUGGAAUAUACCUGGUUUCUUACAGACAGUUUUUGAUUUCAGUAAGACGGUGUUUGAAGGUGUCAGUGAGGUGAUUACUGAAGCAUUUGAUGAAUACAGAGAUAGUAGAAGAGAUGUGCCAGAACAAGCCAAAGAUCCUGACAGAAGAGGCAUGUUCUCAAAAAUUGUGUCAGGGCGCCAGAGACCUCAGUGCAGGGAGCUUCGAGAGAACUCCUCUGGAUGCCCACAGUUUCAUGAGAGAUGUCAGAAAUGUCAAGACAAUCUUUUGCAUGAUUGCCCAAAUGUUCCCGAACUGCACAUAAAGUUUGAUGAAGCCUUUAAACUGGUUAAUCUCUCAGAGAAGCAGUAUGAGCAGAUUCUCCAGGUGGUUCAGCGUCAUACAGAAGACACUUCCUACUUGUUGAACAAAAUGAAAGAAAGAUUUGGGUGGGUGUCUGAGUUAUCCAAUAUGACCAUCGGACCAGAAAACAUUUUCAAUAUAGUUAAGGUGGUACCUGGGGAUCCCUCUGGUAAAAAUGAAACUGUGGUAGAGGUGAAUAUUCUGACUUCACCUACUUUCACCAUCAAAGUUCCCUCCAACUUAGAUCCAAAGAGUGGUGAAUUCAUUGAAUACAUAGCUGGGAAAGCACUGCAACUAUAUAAGCAGAAUUUUUAAGUG